CCAAAAUCAGAUUUUCCCGUGUGGGCGUGCGUGCGUGCGCGUGUCAAAUCCUAUGACAGUGAGAAAUCGCCCAACAGAUGACAGAUCUGCCAUGAAAGUUACCUUCAAAAGAACUUGGUUCAGGCCGUACACUUCACUGUUUGAUACAAAAAGCACUGCAAAACGGACGAUUUCUUCUUUCCUAGUCAUAGAAAGUCACUGGAAAAGAGAGAGAGAGAGAGAGAGAGGGAUGCUUGAAUUGAGAGAAGGGUCUUGCUUUCCACGGGUCUUGGUGGUCGUGAAUGUGGUUCUUGGCCUAGUUGAUGUUGUUAUUGCUGUUCUUGCAUUUUAUCAGUUGAUAAGAAUCCACUCAAGGAAUUCACAACUUGGCUGGACUCGCCAAAAAGUGUUUCACCUAAUGAUUGGCUCUUCUAAUAUGGGUUACUUCAUUUAUUUUGUAUUAACUCUUCUUGCGACUUGCAUGGGUUGGCCAUGUUGGUCUAACUUUUGUGGUUUUAUCCUCAUGGCAUUCCCCAAAAUUCUGUUUUUUGCGGCAUUUCUUCUCCUAUUAUCAUUCUGGGUUGACCUUUGCCAUCAGGCAAAUGAUGAGGAUGAUGAGGAAGAAGAAAGCAGUUCUCAGGAAGCUUUAUUGGAUAAGACCUCGAAUAAACCAAGUUCAUCAAACACAGAUGGUCAUAGAAAGUGUUUUCCCCUCCGCUUUCUUCAUAUUCGAAGCCGCCAGAAGAUUGUGAUAUUGGUUACCGUGCUAGUUUUUGUUGUAAUGAUGAUAUGUGCUGUAAUAAUCUGGAUUGGGAUGGGAAAGAAUCCUAUUGAUUCUGCAGUUGUGGCUCGGGUGUAUAUAGCCUUUUCUGCCAUAGCAAUACUUUUAUUAGGAGGAGCAUUAGCAUGUUAUGGACUUCUGUUAUGCUUGAAAAUGAGCAAAGUUAGAUCUGAGCGAGCUUCAUCUGAAAUGUGGAAGGUUGCAGGUUUAGCUGUUGUUUCUGUGCUCUGUUUCACUUCAAGUUCUUUUGUAGCUCUUUUAACUGAUGUUCCGAUGCUAUAUUACUGGCGUAGACACAGCGUAAAUGUUGUUUAUACUUCUCUGUUCCUGAUUUUGUAUUAUUUUAUAGGUUCAUCGAUACCAUCAGCCUUUAUAUUAUGGAGCAUGAGAGAACUACCACCAUCAGUAGCAACUAAAAUGGAAGAAGCAAGUACAAUAACUUUCAUCACCGAUAGUACAGUAACAGUGCAACAUUCUCAGCGCUGGACAACUGCAAUGAGCUUGCAGAAUCAGGAGCUUUCUCCCGGACAAGGAUCCUCUCCAUUUCAUUUUAAAUGAAUAAUAUCUAUUCAAUGAUAUCAAGAGGAAGUCCUAUAUAAUUGCCUUUCGGAGUUCAAAUGAGUGCUCCUUUCUGCCAAAUCUGGGAAGACAGCUGGAAUUUCUUAACAAUGGAGAAUGGUUCAGUUUUUCCACUGAGACAGGACUAGAGUAGGCUGCUGAGUUACAUCCUUGACCAGUGGUCCUAAUAUCAUAGAUGUAAUGCUCAGAGGGAUGUAGUACAGCCGCAAGGUUGCCAUUUGCUAUGGUCUUGACAUUCUUGCCAUGUAAAUAGUUAUAGGAUGCUGAGUGAGGGAUGUUCCUUUCCCCCCAGAUAGAAACACAGCAGUAAAGAUGAUUUUUUUGCCCA